AUGGCACACCAGCGGAGAUUGGCAGACCAAAAGGCGUGGAGCGAAAAGUUCUCGACCACGGCAGGAUUCGAACCUGCAAUCUUCUGCUCCGUAGGCAGACGCGUUAUCCAUUGCGCCACGCGGCCUGCUGUGGAUGGAUAUCGUGGCACUCCAACGGUGAUUAGCAGACGAAAAGGCGAGGAGCGAAAAGUUCUCGACCACGGCAGGAUUCGAACCUGCAAUCUUCUGCUCCGUAGGCAGACGCGUUAUCCAUUGCGCCACGCGAAAGCCUUAACUAGUGGAUGGAUAUCAUGGCACACCAGCGGUGAUUGGCAGACCAAAAGGCGUGGAGCGAAAAGUUCUCGACCACGGCAGGAUUCGAACCUGCAAUCUUCUGCUCCGUAG